AUGGAUACGUCCCGCUCCUCUCUGUACCUUCAGGAUCACGACGAGAUCAAACGCGUCUUCGACCGCUUCGACACCAACAGUGACGGCCAGCUCUCCUCUGAUGAGCUAGCUGAAGUGCUCAAAAACCUUGGCACUGCCCCCUCACCCGAAGAAAUCGCGCGCAUGAUGGAGGAAAUUGAUACCGACAAAGACGGCUUCAUUAGUUUCGAUGAGUUUGAGAGGUUUUACUCGGCUGGAAGUGACAAUGGGGAAGGGGAGAUGCGAGAAGCUUUUGAAAUGUAUGAUAUAAAUAAGAAUGGCCUUAUUUCGUCGUCGGAACUUCAUCAGAUCUUGACAAAGAUUGGCGAGAAGUGCACGGAACAGGAUUGUGUUAAUAUGAUCACGUCCGUGGAUGCGGAUGGUGACGGGUUUGUAAAUUUUGAGGAGUUUAAAACUAUGAUGAGUCGUGCUAAUUAG